AUGUCUCAAAAAUCAACUCCACAGAUAUCGUUUGAAUCAAGUUCCCGAGGCUCCAUAGUCGGUCCACCAAAAAGCCUAAAAACUCCUCCAAAAAAUUUAGUUUUGUCAUUAUUUGAAAAAAAUCAAUCUAAAGUAUAUAAAGCGACAAUAAAAAGAUAUAAAAAGCUAGAACCACUGCCAUUUCCAGAAAAAAUCAAUGAAGACUUAAGCUGGUAUGAAAAUGUCAAAACUAAGGUUGGGAUUUACUCAGGAAAUAUGACAAAAGCCUAUACUUUUCAUGGCUUCGGAGCUUUACUUAAAGAAAACGGCAGCGUCUAUGAAGGAAACUUCAGAAUGCAUCAGCCCAAUGGCUUUGGAAGACUAAUUGAUACAGACGGAACUGUUUAUGAAGGAAGAUGGAUAAACGAUACAAUAAUUGGCCAUGGAAAAAUAAUUUCGAAUGAAUUUGUAUACGAUGGGGAACUUGAAAGUAACACACCUAAUGGCAGAGGUAUCAAAAUUUCUGAUGAAGGAAAAUAUAUUGGAGAAUUCAAAAAAGGCUUAAAGCAUGGAUAUGGAGAAUUUACAUAUGCAAAUGAAUGCGUUUAUAAAGGCAAUUUUAAAAACGAUAAGCGUGAAGGACCAGGAAAAUUGAUCACUUCUGAUGGAAUUUUUGAAGGAAAUUGGCAUAAUGAUAUGCUUAAUGGUGAAGGGACUUUUAAAAACACAGAAUUUAACUAUAAUGGAGAUUUUGUAGACGAUGUAAGGCAAGGAUAUGGGGUUAUGGUUUGAAAUGAUGGGAGAAAAUACCAGGGAGAAUGAAAAUCUAAUAUGAUGCAUGGAGAUGGUGCUUAUGUUGAUGAGAAUGGAAAUGAAUUUAAAGGCAGGUGGAGAAAAAGUCAGCUUAAAAGAACUGAGUCUUCUAUUAAGAAAAAACAAUACGCAGAAGGAGUUUUUGGGUCAGAGUCUGAAAGAAGCUCUGAGGCAGCUAGAAGCCCGCCAUCAAAUGCAUUAGCAUCAUCAGUUGAAGAAAUUUUGGCAAAAGUCAGCAAAAUGACUGAUGAAGAAAACUUUAUGAGCCCGAAAUCAGAAGGAGUUAUAAGUAGAGCUUCUUUCAAGCCUAAUAUGGAUAUACCAAAAAAUAAGCUUGCACAAGCCAAAGAAUUAACUGAUGACUCUGUAUCUUUUAAUUUUGAAGAACUUAAAACAAGUUACUAUAAAGAGUACGAUCCCAACACAAAAGAUGCAUAUGAAGACGAGCUUAUAAAAAGCCAAAUUGAUCAAAAAUCUUCAGAUAUUUCUGGCUUAAAUUCUAAUCAAGAACUUGAAGAGUCUCAAACCGCUUUUAAAAUUCCGCUAGAAAACCCAUUAUUAGCAGAAGAUUUAAGUUUCAGGAUGAAAAAACAAGAAGUGUCCUCAUUUUUGAUGAGUGAAAAAGAAGAAGAUGAUCCUAAAAUAAGCAAAAAAGGAGAAAGUGGAAGUGAUUGGAACUUUAGGGUUUCAGAAGAAGAAAAGAUUGUUAAGAGAAAACAUAAAAAACACAUUAAAUCUAGUUCGGAAGAAGAAAAAGAAAAUCCUUUUGAGGAGGCAAGUAUAAAGGAAGAUAAAAAGAAAAAGAAAAAUAAAGUAAGUAUUGAAGAAGAGGGGUCAGAAAGAAUAGAAAGCGAAGAAGUGGUAGAAAUAUCUCAAAGUAUUGAUGAGAUUGGGAUACAAGAUAAACAAGAGUUUGAGGUGAUAGAGAAAGAAGAAGAGAUAGCCAUUGAAUAUGGAAACCAAAAUUUAGAGAAAUCUGAUGAAAAAAAAAUAAAAACAAAAAAGCACAGAAAUAAGAAAAAAAUUACUGAAGAAAGUGAAGAGUUUAGUGAAGGAAUUAUAACAGAAAAGCCUUUAGAGUUAUCCGAUGCCGGAAUAACAGAAAAGCCUUUAGAAAUAUCUGAUGUAGAAAUAACAGAAAAGAAAAAGAAUAAAAAGAAAAAACAAGAAGAAAAUGAAUUUACAACUCCAGGCGAAAUAGAAAUUUCCCAUCAAAGUGGAGAUGAACCAAAGACCAGCAAGAAGAAAAAAAGAAAGCACAAAAACUUAGAAAACGAGGAAGAGAAAAAUUCUAAUGAAGACAUUCAGAGUCUCCAAGUGGCAGUUGAAGAUAGUUUUGCGCUUGGAAAAAUAAGACACAAAGAACUCGAAGAAUCAGAUAUAAUUUCAUUACCUGGUAGCGAUACUUCUGAAGAAAUUGAAUCUUCAAGAGUCUCCAACCAAAGCUCUAGAAUAAGUGAAGCUCCAAAAAAGUCCAAUAAAAGCUCAAACUCAGAAGAAAAAAGUUCGGUAAAAAGCCAAAGCUCAAACAAAUCUAAUAAAAGCUCCCAAAAUUCUAGCAAAUCUAAUAAGAGUUCAAAUGAAGAAGAAAAAAGCCAAAACUCAGGCAAAUCUAAUCAAAGCUCAGAUGAAGAAGAACAAAGCCAUCAUUCAAGCCAGCCCAGCAAAUAUGAAGAGUAUGGUCUUGAUUCUGCAAGAUCUCACGAAGAUUCCAGCGAAGUCGAGCAAAGCCAAAAUUCAAGCGGCAGACAAAGUUUAAAUUCUUCAGUUGCAUCAUCACAAAAAUUAGAAACUGAAAACAUUGAUUCUGAUAUAGAGUUUGGGCAGCCAAAAAUUGAAGAAUCCCCUUCUCAAAGUGUUUCAAUCAAAUCAUCAUUUCAGUCACAAGCUCCUCUACCUUUAAAUGAUUCUGAAGUUAAUAUUUCAGCUGACGAGUCUUCAACUAAAUGAAUUGCACCUAUGCAUGAGCCUAGUUUGGAUGAAACGCCUCAGCCUGUUCACGAUAUUUCGCUUCCUGAUACUCCUCUCCCCAGCAAUUCUACUAAUCUAAAUAAUUUUAUGCUACCAAAAUCUCCUUCAGAUAUGAAAUUUUCAUCACUUGAAGAAAAUGUCUUGGUCCAAAAAGAUGAAGAGUCUGACUUCCAAACAGAAAAAAGUUCAGUAACAGCAAAAAGCGAUGUGAAAAAUGAAGAAAUUGAUGAAAGUUUUGAAAAGGAAACUGAUGAAAGAAUAAUAAAACUUAAAUCAGUCCAUUUCCCUCAUGAAGAACGCAAAGAUUUUGAAUUGCUAUUGUCAGUAAGGAACUCUCUAGCCCCAUUUAGCUUCCAGGAUCCUGAUUUUAGGUAUCCAAAAGUACUCCCAGAAUUUUGUGAAUGGAAAGAAAUAGGGCCUGGGAUUUAUUAUUAUGGUGAGUGGACCAGCAGAAAUCAAAGAUGUGGGAGAGGAAUUGAAAUUUUUUAUAAUCAAGUCUAUGAAGGAUUUUGGAAAAAUAAUAAGAGAAAUGGCUUAGGCAGAGUCGUUACUAAAGAAGGAGAUAUUUAUGAAGGAUAUUGGGUUAAUAACGUAAAAUGUGGCUUUGGAGUUCUAACUAAGUAUGACGGCCAGACUUAUAUUGGUGACUGGUUCUUAGAUACACCUAAUGGUCUUGGAUAUGAAGAUGAUAAAAACGAAAUUUAUAGCGGUCAGGUAAAAUACGCAAUGAGGCAUGGGAAAGGGUUUCUCCAAAUGAGAGAUGGAGCUACCUAUGAAGGAGAAUUUUUUGAAGAUAAAGUCCAUGGGAGGGGAAUAUUGAGAAGAGAAGAUGGGACUGUUUAUGAUGGGCAUUUUGUGGAUGGAAAAAUUAAAGGGUCAGGAGAAGAGGUGCCGAAUUACAACUUAAAAGUGAAAAUACCAAGAAUUAAAGAUCUGACCACAAAAGAUAUUGCACUAGAAAUUGAAAAGCCAAGAAAAUCAGCUAAAUAUUAA